GUGUGUCAUGGGAAGGUUAAAAUAUGGGCAUAUUAGAGUCAUGUAACCUCUGUAAUCUCAAAUGGGCAUGCAUGUUCCCGCCUGUUCUUAGCUCGUUGUGUAGCAAAUACAGUUCGAUUACUUAGUCAUAUAUAUGGUUGUUGGGCUCACUAACCCAGGCAAUACUGCUCCUUAGUUAUUUCAAGCGCAGAACAAAAAAAUUAAAAAUUCCUACAGAAACAAUUGAUGGGAGUGAAGUGCUUUAAGUCUUUCUUAUUCAUUGAUUUAGUGAGGCUGUAAUUCAAAUAGCAAAAAAUUAGGGAUGGGCCAAAUCCACUAUUUUGGGAUUUGGCCAAUCCGAACCAUAAUUUGCAUAGGAAGGAAGGUUUAAAGACAACCAUGCAGGUGGCCAUGCUAGUUUCUUAGUGAAUAAUAACCAAUAUAUACCAUACAGUAAUGCUAUGAUUUAUUAGCUGCCAAAAAAACAGAAUCUUUAAAAGGAAUUAUGCUUUUGUGUGUUCAGAUUGCAUAUUUAACAUACACAAUUUCAGUUCAAUAAGCAACAUUUUGUACAAUUGAUUUAUCUUUUCUAAAAGUAAAGGGAAACGCAACAAAAAUGAAUAAUGUACUCCAAAGGCAGUAGUUUUAUUUUAUAUUGUGACUGGAUGGAGCAGGAAAUUCUCUUUUUGAUAAACAGAAUGAAAAAGUAUCUGACCGUCUUGUUCUAGAACACGGAAUUCUCUGGUAUCUGCCAUAUUGUGUCAGUUUAGAUAUUGCGCAGAGUCUUCAGUAUAACAGUACUGUUCCUUAAAAUUGAUAAUGUAUUUCCAUUGAAGUUUAAAAAGUCUGCUUCUGAAAAAAUCUAUGUAAAAGCUAUGUCAUGUGGAGCAAAUUUCCCACCAGUGUACUUAAGUUGACAAAUAAUUGAAAAUGCUGUUUUCUGUUUAACUGUGUAGCGCUCUUUGUGCCUAAAAGCUCCUCCUCACAUGUAGAAAUGCAAAUAAAUUAAAUAGGGUGUUUUUUUUUUUUUUUUUAUGGACUAUGCAUUCAAGAUUCACUGUAUAUGGAGAAACACUUUUAUUUCAACACCAGGACUGUGGAUAGUCUGUAUAUGUUGUCUUGCAUGGUCGCUAUAUAACUAAAAUGCUUCUGAAAUGAAAAAAAAGGGAACAAGUAAAGCUGGCCAUAAAUGCAAAGAUCCGAUCCUACGAAUCGAGGAUUCGUACGAUUUUCGGACCAUGUGUGGAGAGUCUCAACAUUUUUCGUCCGGCGGAGAUCGGUCGUUUGGUCAAUCAAACAGCUGCCGUUAUCAUUAUUAAAAACCGCCCAGAAUCACCCAAUGUUGGUGGAAUUAAAGAAUGGUGAAACAUACAAUGGUCAUCUAGUGAGCUGUGACAACUGGAUGAACAUCAAUCUAAGAGAAGUCAUCUGUACUUCAAGGGAUGGUGAUAAAUUUUGGAGGAUGCCAGAGUGCUAUAUACGGGGAAGCACAAUUAAAUAUUUGCGGAUCCCUGAUGAGAUUAUUGACAUGGUAAAGGAAGAAGUGAUGUCAAAGGGCAGAGGACGUGGAGGCAUGCAGCAACAAAAACAGAUGAAGGGCAGAGGAGCUGGUGGAGGUGGACGAGGUGUCUUUGGAGGACGAGGCAGGGGCACCCCUGGUGGAGGCAGAGGCCAGCAAGACAAAAAGCCUGGCCGACAGUCUGGGAAACAGUGAUGUCUUCUUGCCAGAGACAUUCGUUUAGUAUUGACUCUAUGGUCACGCCUCAGCUCUGCAAAAUGUUUAAAGUGUUAAAAGUGUUAAAGUCUCGGCACACCAGCAAUUUUCAAAAAAAGAACUGCAUUUUUUUCCACUUCACCCCUCCCUCUUUCCAUAUUGUAGGACCAGCUUAAAGCAAGAGAGGGGACAUGAGCCAGAGCCAGAUGUCAAAACACGUGAUUAAUGCCUGUGGGAGGUCUUCACAUCCUAACCUGCAAAUGAACUUAGCCCAUGGCAUCGAAAGGUCAUUUGGGUUAAACUCCAAAAGCAGGGGGUUGGGGUGUGUAGUUAGAAGGGUACACAUCACUUGUAACAACUGUGCAGCAUCAGUAUGGUACUGGCUUGUCAGCUAAGCCAAUGCAAACAGUUUGGAGUAAUGCAUUUGAGCUUCAUUAUUUAACCACUUCUCUGCCAUUGCUAGAUGAAGGAGACAGAUGCAAUCUGAUGUAGACAUGCCUCUCGAAUACAUGUGAAAUCUUCCAGAAUGGUUUAGUUACUAUUGCAUAUUGGGGGAGGUUUUUUUUUUUUUCAGUUAAAUUAUGUUUGCAUAUGAAAAGGUUAAAUAACUUUCACAUAUAUGUAACACAAUACCCUCUGAAAUGGAGAAUAUGUAUAUAGCAAUUUGUGACUGGCACAAUAGAUUUACAUGAGUGAUUAAGCAUUCCGCGUUUUGGCUCAUUUCAUAAGCCCAAGUCCCAGGAGAGCUGUAGUUUGCUGAAUAGAUGCCCCCAUGGAGAAUAUAAAAAGCACAUUUCUCCACUUGUAUCUGGUUAUGGAAUGUUCUAAAUGAGUAGAGGUUACAGUUCCUCAAUUGCAUUGGAUUUGUGUUCAAAUAUUUUGGAGUAGCCAUGGUUACUAUUCAGCCGAUGAUUUUACUUUCUUUUUUUUCCCCUCACAUAAAAUUCACAUUUUUGUCCCUCAAAGAUAUGGCUAUUUUCUUAAACACUCUUUCUUUUUUUUUAUGAUUUAAACACUUGUAUAAGCACUUAAAUCUGGUUGGCUGCCUUUUUUCACUUUUAUUUUUUAGUAUGUGAAAAGACCACAUUUCUCUGAACAAAAACGGUCAGAAUAUUGAGAGGAGAUUGGGGAAACAAAAUGUGUUUUGUUGUGGAAAACAUUUUCUUGUUACUAAGAGUGUAAGAGUGCUGUGACACUUUUUUUUUUUUUUUUUUUCUUUAAAAAUAAAAUAUUAGCAAUGGAAAAUU